AUGUGCACGGCGGACGCAGUCCACUAAUUAUAAAAAUUAAAAGAGGGAGAGUGAGUGAGAGAGCUGAAAGCUGUGGGAGAGGAGAGGGUGCAAACGCUCCUUCCACUUGAAGUUCUUCGUUCUCUCCAUUAGGGCUGUAAAAUGGUUUAUUGUUUCUCAGCUAGGAAUGCAAAUAUAUUUCUUAGCUUCAUCUCUUUUUCAUCUACAAAAUCACGAAGAUCUUCAUCCGCCAAUGGCUUGGGCAAGCAGUUUCUGAUACAAUCCUAUGACAGGAGUUACUCCAAUGGCUGCCUGGCUGCAAGGCUUUUUGGUCCACCAACAAGAUUUGACGCUUCAAAACUUAAGGUAGUCUUUGUUGGAGAUGAUACGGAGAAGCAGGCUCUGAAUGCUGCUUCUAGAACCUAUACUCUGACGCAUUGUGACUUCACAGCAAAGUUAACUCUGGUAGUCUCCAACCGCAUAAAAAAUAAAAAGUUAAGAGAGAGGCAAGCGACACUACAGAAAGAUGACGUUGUGGCUGAGUGGAAUAUCAAAAAUGAUGAACUUUCAUUGCAUGUUCAUUGCUUUGUUAGUGGUGCCAACCUCUUUCAAGAACUGACUGCUGGGUUUCGGUAUCAUAUUUUCUCGAAGGAGCUCCCAUUGGUUCUCCAUGCUGUUGUGCAUGGAGAUUCUGUCCUGCUCGCUGACCAACCAGAAUUGAUGGAUUCUAAGGUCUGGGUGUACUUCCAUUCUGAAUCAAAAGAAUACAACCGCAUUGAAUGCUGGGGUCCUCUCAAGGAUGCCAUUCAGAGAACCAUUGUGAAUAGAUCUGAUGGAAUCCACGACAAAUUCUAUGACAGCAUCAUGAAGUGGGCAAGUUCUAAAACUGUCUUUCAUGCCCUCGUUGCCGUUCUAUUUUAUUAAGUUGGAAAUCAACAACAUAUAGUCAGAUAUCCACUCAUUGGCUAGACCUCCAUUGCUAUAAUUCAUUUUCUUGAUUCGUCAACAGCUAGUACGAAGUUGCUAUUAACAUUCAUUUGGAAAUGAUUAAUUGAUGACUUGAAGAGAUUUAUUUCUUUCAACCGUUGGAGGAAAGUUAAAAGCGCUCAUAAUGUUUUAUUUAUCAUAGAUCUUUGAUGUAACUUUUGAAAAAUGCUGUACCUGACACAUUGGAGCAAAAUUUAUUCAUUCCUCUUUUUUGUAAGUUAAUUUCACCCCGAAAUUGUGAUUUACAUACUUGUGGACAUCUCCAAGAGAGAUUCGUGUAUUAUUUAAUCUUCUUAACAACCUCCCUAUAUUUUCAGUCGGCUCUAGCACUUGAUAGUUUA